GGUAAGCACCAAGUUACGUCUGGGGCUUCAAAUCAAAAUGAAAAACGUGGGUGUGUGAGUUAUAAAUCUAAACCAAAGACUCUUUUGCACUUUACUGCCACUGCACAUCCCCCACCACCCACCCUAAAAUAAAUCAAUGCUACAUCCCCCCAGAGUAUGGGGUGCGUCAAAUCCAAGAGGAGCGAGUCUGCAGCACAAAAUGCAAAGUCCACGGAAAAGCUGGACGGCAAAGCCAAAGGGGCGAAGGGCGAGAAUGCCUACUUGGUACACUCAGAGAUGGACUCUGCAGAGAGCUCCCCUCAGAUCAACCCAGUGCUGCUGGAAUACGCCCAGAAACUAUCCGAGGAGAUUGUGGCCAGGGCUGUACAGCAGUGGGUGGAGGUAGACCGCCGCUAUGGGGACAUCCCUUACAUUGAAUGUGACGUACCGUGA